AUGGGCUGGACGCCACUUUGUCAAGCCGCAUACCACGGAGAUUUGCAGAUGGUUGAUCUGCUUCUAGGCCGGGCUGACGUGGAGGUCAAUACGCCCAUGUGCCCACCACUGUUCUAUGCUGCGAGGGAGGCACAUUUAGCAGUUGUAGAGCGGUUGAUCAAGAUCGAAAGCAUCAUUGUCGAUGUGAAGUUCUGUGGUCUAUCACCCAUCCAGGCUGCUGCACAAUCAGGACACGCGGACAUUGUUCGUGUGUUGGAAAGAAAACUGCGAUUAAUGCAGUCAGAAAUGCGGAGCGCCUUGUGA